AUGCAGAGUAUCGAAGAGGCUGCCAGGGGAGCUCGCUUCGUUUGCUUCGACCUUGGCCGGUUGAGCGGCAUGGAUUGCACCUUUGCAGACCAAAUUCGCCUCUUGGUUUUGUCUCUGGAACGUGAAGGCACACGGAUUUUCCUCUCGUCCCUCCGGUCCAAGACGGUGUGGCGCCUUUUGCUGGCCCAUGGGGUCGUAGGUGAGAGUGCCCCGCAACGGCCCGUCUUUGUGACCUUGGAUCAGGCCUUACAGCAGUGUGAAGAGAUCAUUCUGAGCGAGGCGGGGAAGUUGCGCAAGGAGCAGAAAGACGAGUGGCCUUUAGAAGUUUUGCUGCUUGAUUACGUGGAAGGCUUUGUGUCUGACAAGGCUCAGGCCUCUCAGGCGGCCAAGGCAGCAGCGGCACGCUUUGAGCGCAUCGAGUUGAAGCGAAACCAGAUUUUGUUCCGAGGCGACGACCCUGCGAACGCCAUCUUUGUGGUGGCCAAAGGCAUUGUCGGAGCCUCAUCCAGCUUGGACUUUGCCAAGCAGCUUGGGCACUUCGGAGCGCUAUUGGCUUCUCCACAGCCAUUGCACCGGCCAUCCACUGAGCUAGAUGCUCCUAGUGAUGGCCAUGAGGAUUUCCCUUUCAUGGAGGAAUCGACCAUGCAAGAGCAUGACCAACACGGUGUAGGGGCCAUCCUGAAUGACACUGCCUUCUUCGCACGCAGGAAGUGUGGGGCGGAGGCAGCGGCGCAAAGCGAUGACUGUGUAGUUUUUCGCCUUCGCCGUGCGGCGAUGGAUGAAUUGGAGAGACAAGACCCCGUGGCAGCGGUGUUGCUGCAGAAAGUCUUGCUUCGAGACUUGUCACAGCUCAUGGCUCAAUUUCUGUGUCCCCUGCAAGCCGUUUCUGGCCUCAGUUAA